AUGCAAUGGUCUGUAGCGGAGUUUGUUGAUCGAACCGUGAGUAUUAAAUGUGAAUCCACAAUUUAUUUAGCGUCUCCAAAAUCGUUCACUUGAUUUGAAUGAGAAAUGAAUGUGUGGUUGUGCGGACGUUAAUGAUAUUUACCAUGAUAGUCUGGAAGACACGUCUAAUAUUUAUCUUGGUUAAGCCAGCUAAAGCUAUUGUUAGCUUGUCGGAAUUGUAUAACCCGUAGACGACAAGCCGCCAUUAUAUUUACUGAGACUGAAGUACGCUGACAAAUAAUUUUAGCAUGUGUAUCAGAUUGAACAUAAAAAAUGUAUAAACAGUUUAGGCUUUCUGAACCGAGAUGUCCCAUACAUGUUGGAAAUGUCUUUUGAACGUAUGCAUUUUUUCGUAUAUUAUAUCAGGUAUUUCUUAGUAUAUCAUUUAUCAUUUAAUCAAUUAUUUUCAAUUGUAUGCAUAUCAUAUGUAAUUGACAUUUAGUCCACAUUGCUGUUUAUCGCGCUGCAGAAGAGAAACUACUUGUUGAUGUCAUUCUGCAGUCCACAGGAGCUGAGCAGCAUUUGGUGGUACUUUGUUCACACACCAUACAAAAUAACUCACAGCAGAGCUUCGGUUUGGUGAUUUGCCUUUUCUAAUUACCACAUGAUUGUUCUCUGUUUUGUCUUUGUUUGUCCACAGGAUGUACUUCAAGGGAAGCCCUCACACUGGAUAAGACUGGAGUCGUCAGUCAAGGUGCCUGUGUACCUUGACAGCAGUGACAACCAGGACCGUCUUUUUAAUUUUUUGUUUUCAGUGCUGCAGAGAACAAACACACAACUGUCCUUCAGUAAUCCCAUCAAGUUCAUCAUGGAUGUUCUUUUUCCAGAGGUAUUUCGAGCCCAGUUCUUUUUGUUUUCCAUCACAGUUUUUUCUUUCAGGUUUUUCAAUUUCAAAUAUUAAUUUACCCAGCAGUGAUUAUUUUCAUUUCCUAUUGUAGUGAAGUGGAAGAAUUCUGUCGGUCAAUUGAAAAGAAAAUGAAGAGGGAAGGAAACCUCUGAAUGGUAUGUAGAGCUGUUACAUACUUCACAAUCUGGGCUUUAAAUAUCUAAGUCAAAUGUCAAACAUUUUAUUUCUAUCAUGUAUCUUUCUUUCAGGACUCAUCCAUCCUGAUAAUUCACAUGAGGCUGCACAAGUCCUGCAACAAAAUCCUCAAUUUGUUAAUAAAAAAAUAUGUUUACUACAAGAUGUGUUGUUUGUUUCUGAAGUGAUUAUGGUAUGUUUUAGACCAAUUUUACAAGGUUCAGCAUGUUUCUAUGAUAUUAGGACAACAUCAUGA